AUUGAACACUAAGGACGGUUCACAGCAUUGCAACGCCUGUGGGUCACUAAAGGCACAGCCUGCAUCAUUCCUACAGUAUAAAUAGCUUUCACCAUACCUUUGUUAAGGCUGUCGCAAUGUGUUGUAUCAUUUUAAGCUGUUUCUUUAUCAGACAUCCAGCGAAAUCCAAGAAGCGGUCGUCGCCUGCAGGGGACCCACCGCCAUACGAGAGUAUACACAUUCAACCUCGCAUAAUCAAGUUGAGCAAUCAAAAAACUGCUAUUUAUAAUGAAGCUCAAGCUGGCAGGAAGGUUGGUCUCCGCGAUACCAAAGCCAGCCUUCACGAGAAGCCCUAACCAGGGGGUAUUGAGUGG